AUGUCGACGACACCGGCCAGGCGCAAGCGCGCGAGAAAGGCAUGCAUCCCUUGCCACCAGCGCAAGCGGAAAUGCGACGCCGAGUACCCUUGUGGCAUGUGCACCACCUAUGAAUACAACUGCAGGUACGCCGCCCGUGACGAUGACUCCACGGGCACCUCGGCCGGCGGCGGACAUGAUCCUCCGCCAGCCAAGCGUGUCGGCGUCGACGGCGGAAGCGGCAUGCCAAGCCGGGCCGCCGCUACAUCGCCGGGUCCCGGCAGCCGGUCUCAGGUCGGCCAAAGCCCGAGCGAGGCCCAUGGCUCGUCGACCAAGAGCCCGACGCCCAGGGCCGGCGCGUCCACGACCGCGCCCGCCGGCAUCUUUGACGAGCACAAGUCUAGAUACGCCGGGGCGUCGGCGUCGAUGGCGUUCCCGCACAUAUUGAGCGGCGUCCUUGGCUCUGAUAGCCAUUCCAAGAUGCACUCGCUCGCGUAUAACUUUGGCAUCCGCCCCGACGAGGCCUCCAACGCGCAUGCCCUGCUGGGGACGCUCAUCUCGGAGCACGAUCUGGGCAUCUUCUCGGAUGUGCACUUCUCGACACUAGCACCCAUUGGCGACUACCUGGACCCGAGAAUCUACACGCAGCGGUGUCGGGACUAUUACCAUGGCGGCGGCAGCACCAUGACCGCCUUUGGCGCCGUGGCCGCUGGCGUGGCCGCGCUCGGGUCGUUUCUAUCCCCAAACAGACACCCGCGCGAGUCUGACCUGGUGCAGUACGCCAAGGCCAUUCUCGACGAUCCAGCCUCGAUGCGCAUGCUGGGCAUCGACCACAUUGUUGCGUGGGCCAUGCGAGUAUUUUACCUGCGAGCCACGAGCCGCCCCAACAAUGCCUGGAUCGCCUCAUGCACCAUGAUGCACCUGUGCGAAGCCGUGGGGCUGCACGAGGAAGAGAAUAUCAACAAGAUGGCGUCCGUCGCCGGCGCCGGCGCUGUUGGACACGACGCGGACCGGCUGCGGCGCAUAUUCUGGAUCUCGUGGGCCGGGCACAACUUGCUGUCCUACGAGUACGACCGCUCGUCUGUACGGUUUCGGGCCGUGACUUGCCAGGCCAUCAUCCCGACAUCAGGGUCCGUCGCCGACCAGUUCGUGCGAAUUGCCCACAUCAUCCCGGCGCCCAACUCCCCGUUCCACCUCGAAUGCCAGCCUUCAACUCCUCGGGAGGAGCUGUUUGAGCGUCUGAAGGCAUUGGAACAGCUCCAAUUCACUCAUCCAUUUCUGGUGGUAACCAAGGCGGACCUCGCGUUUUGUUUCUAUCGCCGCAUCUAUCAGCUAAAGAUGGGUAUAUCCGACGACAUGAUCAAGCUCGUCAUUGAUUGUGGCAACGCUGCAGUGGAAUCGGCUCAGCAGCUGGCUAACCAGGGUCGUCUGUUCUGGAACGUCAUCGGCAGCGUCUUCCAGUAUGCCUGCGUCCUGCUGGCCAUUGACACGCCGGCCGCCUCCCUGCACAUUCCCGCUGCCUUCAGGGGCUUGGAGGAUCUCGUCAGGGCUGCCGACACAGGGCCGACACGUGAGGCCUUGUCCAUGGCGCGGCAUCUACUCAUUCUAAAUACGGAAAAGAAGCGAAAGGAGCUCGCCCAGCUGGAAGCUGUCGGGGCCGGCCAUCCAUCCCCCGUGGCGCAACGGGAUUCCGAGGCCAACACCGCCGUGCAAGACAUGGCCUGGGGGUUGGACUGGGAGCAGUUCCUCGUCGAGCCAUAUCUAUCGAUGCUCGGUCCUGACGUCCAGUGGUAG